AUCGCUGCAUUCCACCAUGCUCAUGAGACAUACCUCAUCCCAGGAACUCUCAAGCAGGUGUAUGGCCACGCCCCUGCAGCAGCUAUGUUUGCUACAAAUGCUCGGUACAAGCAUGAGGCGUUCCGCAGGUCUGAAUUCGCUCAGCGUAUUCUGGCUGAGAAUGGGAUCAACAUUGUGAUGAAG